ACCGGAAGUCAUCUGGUUUUUUUGAUUGGCUAGCCAGGACGUCCGUUAGGAUGUGUUGCGCUUUUGGUGUGCACUCCAAGUGUGGGCGGCCCUGUGGGGGUGUGUGGUAGGGGUUUCCAGACCCGGGACGAACACACCACCCCCUUCCAUCAGGGGUUCGGCUUAGGGUCGCCCCUGGCGGGCGGCUCUCGGAAUCUUGAAGAACAGCACGCGAACCCGGACCCUUCCGAGGCUGCAGAGGUCGGCAGGAAGAUGGCGGCAGCGUCGUCUGAGGCUUCGGCUUCUCAGUUAUCGAACAUCUUAGCAGAACCAUCAAAGUCUAAUGGAAGUAUGGUUCAUGAUUCCUCAUCUCCAUAUGUAAUAUAUCCACCUGAUAAGCCUUUCCUUAAUUGUGAUCUGCGACAUUCCCCAAACAAGCCUACAUUUGCCUAUCCAGAAAGCAACAGCAGAGCUAUAUUUUCUGCUCUGAAGAAUCUUCAAGAUAAAAUUCGACGUUUAGAACUUGAAAGGAUUCAGGCAGAAGAAACCUUGUCUAAAGAAAGAGUUGAAUAUAAGAAAGUACUGGAUGAACAGAUACAAGAAAGGGAGAAUUCAAAGAAUGAGGAAUCAAAGCACAAUCAAGAGCUGACAUCUCAGCUGUUAGCUGCAGAAAAUAAAUGUAAUCUUUUAGGAAAACAAUUGGAAUACAUGCGUAACAUGAUAAAGCAUGCAGAAAUGGAGAGGACAUCUGUAUUAGGGAAACAGGUUUCCCUAGAAAGAGAACGACAACAUGAUCAAACGCAUGUUCAAAACCAACUUGAAAAAUUGGAUCUUCUUGAACAAGAGUAUAACAAGCUUAUCACAAUGCAGGCCCUUGCAGAAAAAAAAGUGCGAAAGUUAGAAGCAAAACUCCAUCUAGAAGAACAGGAAAGGAAACGUAUGCAAGCUAAGGCAGCCCAGUUGCAGACUGCUCUAGAAACAAAUAGACUUAUCUUUGAAGAUAAGGCAACUUCAUGUGUUCCUAAUGCAAAAAGAAUUAAAAAGAAGUCAAAACCACCAGAAAAGAAAGGUUCUAGGAACUGUUUUGCUGCACAACCACAUUAUAGAUUAUGCUUGGGUGAUAUGCCAUUUGUAGCUGGAAAGUCCACCAGCCCUAGUCAUGCUGUGGUAGCCAAUGUUCAACAUGUCUUACAUCUACUGAAGCAACACAGUAAAGUCUUGUGCAAUGAUCGAGUAGUCAGCAGUGUUCCUUUGGCAAAGCAAGUGUCUUCACGAAGUGGGAAAAGCAAGAAGUCAGCAACGCCUCCCCCCUGUAGCAGCAUUAAUGAAGAGCUGGCAGAAGUCUUAGAGACUUUACAACAUGAAUUUGGGCAAAUGAGCUUUGAUCACCAGCAGCUUGUGAAACUUAUCCAAGAAUCACGAACCACUGAACUGAAAGACAACCUAGAGUGCGAACUGGAGGCAUUAGUGGGCAGGAUGGAGGCAAAGGCCAAUCAAAUAACUCAAGUUCGAAAAUAUCAAGCCCAACUGGAGAAACAGAAGUUGCGGAAGCAGAAGAGGGAAUUAAGAACCACCAAAAAGACUCUUGAUGAGGAAGGAAACAGCAGCGGCCGUUCUUCUGCAACCACAGGGACCACAAAUAAGAAGGGCUUUGCCAAACCGAGACCUGGAGAAAAAAGCAGGAAAAAUCUUCAGUUAUUGAAGGACCUGCAAACCAUACAGAAUUCAUUACAGAACAAUAGUUUGUGUUGGGUUUACUGACUGGUACCAGGUCAUAAAUGUUAUUCACAUAAUCCGUACCUCAUCAAUCAGAUGCUGACAGUUUACUUUCCAGGUCUCACACUCUUACGUUGGAAUUAAUUAAUAGCAGGUAUUAAGGGGCCCAAGUUUCAUUACACAGGCUUAUUGUGUUACGUAUCACAACUAAAUGUUAAACCAUCUAAAUGGAAACCAGGGGAGUUUUAAAGGCCAAGAAGCCACACAUACUCUGUUUCUUUGUUUGAGAUGAAUUUGCUGUACUGAGAUAUUGCACUUUGUAAACAAAUUACCAAUUU